GAGAGAGAGCCUGGUGUGAAUCGAUGCCUUCCUGUUGCUUCGGAGGAAGGGAAUUAAAGAGGAAAAAAGGGGAGCUCCAGCUCCGGGAGGCAGGUCAGCCCGACCCCAUGCUGGCCACACUGCUCCUGUCUCUACUGCCUGUCCUGGCUGAGAGCGCCAGCCUGCAGCCAAUCCGAAUGAGUCAUCUGGGGGUGUGCCCCAACCAACUGAACCCCAACCUGUGGGUGGAUGCCCAGAGCACCUGCGAACGGGAGUGCCACACUGACCAGGACUGUGAAGGCUUUGAGAAGUGCUGCACCAAUGUCUGUGGCCUGCGGAGCUGCGUGGCUGCCCGCUAUGCUGACGGCAGCGUCUCGUCCCUGGAGCUGGCGCAGGAGGCCUCGUGUGAGAGCUUUGUGUGCACCCAGCAGGGCUCAGACUGUGACAUCUGGGACGGGCAGCCCAUCUGCAAGUGCAAGGACAGGUGUGAGAAGGAGCCCAACUUCACAUGCGCCUCAGACGGGCUCACGUACUACAACAAGUGCUACAUGGAUGCGGAGGCCUGUAUUCGGGGCAUUAGCCUCAGCGUGGUGCCGUGCAAGUACAUCUUCACCUGGCCAAACACCAGCCCGGUGCCGCUGGAGACCACGGCUCACCCCACGCCCGGGGCUGCUGCUGAGGUGCCCAUCCCCCCAGCCCUCUACAACAACCCCUUCCACCAAUCGGUCUACAUGGGUGGCACUGUCAGCUUCCAUUGCGACGUGAGUGGGCGGCCCCGGCCGGACAUCACCUGGGAGAAGCAGAGCGACCACCAGGAGAACUUCAUCAUGCGGCCUGACCAGAUGUAUGGCAACGUGGUGGUCACGAAUAUCGGGCAGCUGGUCAUCUACAACGCCCAGCCGGAGGACGCCGGCAUCUACACCUGCACAGCCAGGAACUCCGCUGGCCUCCUCCGGGCCGACUUCCCCCUCUCCAUCAUCAAGAGAGAGCCCUCCGGGGGGGAGCCCAGGGCACCCAGCACCCAGCAGGUCCCAGCCACCGAGUGUCUGAAGGAGCCUGACAAGAGGGAGUGCGAGGCUCAGCAGGUGCGCUGGCAUUUUGAUCCCAAGAAGGGCUCAUGCGCCACCUUCCGCUACGGCGGUUGCGGUGCCAACCAGAACCACUUUGAGACCUACGAGGCGUGCCACUCGGCCUGCGUCAGCAGCGCCAUCAACAUGUGCACCCUGCCCAUGGUGCAGGGGCCUUGCAAGAACUGGGAGGCCCGCUGGGCCUACAAUCACCUGAUGAAGCAGUGCCACUCCUUCGUCUACGGUGGCUGCGAGGGCAAUGACAACAACUUUGAGAGCAAGGAGACCUGUGAGGACGCCUGCCCCUUCCCCAAGACCCUGCAGUGCAAGGCCUGCCGGCUCAAGAGCAAGAUGGUGCUGAGCCUGUGCCGCAGCGAUUUUGCCAUUGUGGGCCGGCUCAUGGAGAUCAUUGAGGACCAGGACUCGGGCAUUGCCCGCUUCGCCCUCGAGGACAUCCUCAAGGAUGAGAAGAUGGGCCUCAAGUUCUUCAAUAUCAAGUACCUGGAGGUCACCUUGAGCGACAUGGACUGGAGUUGCCCCUGCCCCAACAUGACCACAGAGGAUGGGCCCCUCAUUAUCAUGGGGGAGGUGCAUGAUGGCAUGGCCAUGCUGGACCCCAACAGCUACGUCCGAGCUGCUAAUGACAAGCGAGUGAAGAAGAUCUAUGAGCUCAUUGAGAAGAAAACCUGUGAGCUCCUCAACAGGUUCCAGGACUAGAGGCACAGCCCAAGGAAGGGGAGAGUCAGGCUAAAUAGACAGUCCCUGCCAUCCUCUCUCGAGCCAGUCAUGGCUAUGAGCCACCCAGGAGCAAUCCCUGAGGGAGCUGCCUGCUCCCCAAACCCUCCCCCCUUGGGUCCCACCCAGAACCCCAUGGCCACCUCCACAGCCCAGUUUUUCUGAGUGUAAUCAGUUGGUUUAAUUCCUAGGCUGUGGUGGUGACAAGCCUGAUUCUACCUGAACCUACCUAUGUCUGUCUGUCUAACUGUAAUUUAUCUGUCCACAAUCUCGCCCCAUGUACCCUUUUGAGGCCAGACUAUACCAAUAAAAGCGUGACCCGGCGGGGAGGUGGCUGCUGACUCUCCCGUGCUCAGA